CAACGGCGUGAACAAAUCAAGGUGUGGGCAGAGGCAAAACUCAAAAGAAAUGGGAUUGUUACUGAUACUCGGCCUAUAUGUUUCUUGUCUAAUGAUGCCCUCUUCUUUACACACAACAUUGGUUUCAGCUUAUCGGCAGGAAGACAAUUAUAUACGUCUGCACAGGAAGUUGUCGACUUGGGAAGGAAAUGAUGCACGCCUCUUACUGGCAAGUGCUGGUGGUCGUGGGGUUGGCGGAGUAAGUGGUGGUGGUGCGGCUGAGGGAAGUGGAAAUGGGGGAAACGACUUACCAGCAGGCGCAGGACUCAUUCCGUUGUAUGGAGCCGCAGCCGGUUCUGGUGCUGCAGCUGCCAACAAUAAUCGCCAUGGAAAUAAUAACCAUCACAAUGAUGCUACUCGCAUUAAUGGACACUACUACAUUGGGCUUUCAACAACAGUGGGCGCUGCUGCCAUAUUCACUUCAAUUCUUUUACAUUUGCAUGGCGGUGAGAUGUAAAAAUCUACGAGUUGUCAACACACACCAACUGUAGCAAAGAGAGUAGUCCAUCAUCUCUUAUCAGCGAUGGAUUACUUAAUUCACUAUGCUGUACUACUACUUGUGUCUGAGUACUUAAGAGUUUCUUGCUUGUGAGGCUGUUUGUAACAGCUGACAGCCUCUUAUUUUAUUACUUGCUUGUUAUUAAAUGAAAUUGAUAAAGUAUUCUCUCCUUAAACAA